CCCAAUUUGAAGACACGACCUUCAAGGGUUGAAAUACAAUUUCUUUGUAUAGAAGUUUGUUGCUUUCUUCUUCAUUUUAUUGGAAAGUUGGAAUUUUUGGAUCUGAAAUUUGGGUCACCUCGACUUUGUUGACUUGAUAUAAGGAACGGUUAUCGCUUUGAUUUAGAUUUUAAGUGCUUUUGGAGGAAGAACAAAGAGGAAUGGGCUGGAAAGGCAAAGGAUUCGAGGCAAAUUAUAAGUCUACGGUGACAAAGAAAUGGACUCUUUUGCUUUGCAUUGGCUGUUUUUGUGUUGGGAUGCUCUUUUCUGAUGGAAUGUGGAAUGUGCCCGAGGCCAAGGAUAAAACCAUAGCACGAGCAAUAGGUGUUAAAGAUGAAAGGCUAAAGCUAAUUUCAGAGGGUUGUGAUCCAAUACGGAAGGAUGUGAAGCAUGAGCCUAAGGAUAUACUCGGGGAAGUUUCAAGGACUCAUAAUGCUAUACAAACACUGGAUAAAACAAUAUCAAAUUUGGAGAUGGAGUUAGCUGCUACAAGGGCUGUGCAAGAAUCGAUAAUCAAUGGUUCUCCUAUCUCAGGCGACCAGAAAAUACCCGAAGCAAGUGGGAAACGAAAAUAUUUAAUGGUUGUAGGCAUCAAUACUGCUUUUAGCAGCAGAAAACGAAGAGAUUCUGUUCGUGCUACUUGGAUGCCUCAAGGCGAAGAACGAAAGAAGCUUGAAGAAGAGAAAGGAAUCAUAAUGCGAUUCGUAAUCGGUCAUAGUGCUACUUCGGGGGGUAUCCUUGAUAGAGCUAUUGAAGCAGAAGACCAAAAGCAUGGUGACUUUCUGCGGCUGGAGCAUGUUGAGGGUUACCUCGAAUUAUCAGCCAAGACAAAAACGUACUUUGCCACUGCAGCUGCUUUGUGGGAUGCCGAUUUCUACGUCAAAGUCGAUGAUGAUGUGCAUGUAAAUAUAGCAACACUCGGAGCAACUUUGGCUAGGCAUCGAACCAAGCCGAGGGUUUAUAUUGGUUGCAUGAAAUCCGGUCCAGUUCUUGCCCAAAAGGGAGUACGAUAUCACGAACCUGAAUAUUGGAAAUUUGGUGAGGAGGGAAACAAGUAUUUCCGCCAUGCAACAGGGCAGCUAUAUGCCAUCUCGAAAGAUUUAGCUUCCUACAUAUCAAUUAACCAGCACGUGCUGCAUAAGUAUGCAAAUGAAGAUGUUUCAUUGGGAUCAUGGUUUAUAGGGUUGGAUGUCGAGCACAUAGAUGACCGAAGCCUUUGCUGUGGCACUGCAGAUUGCGAGUGGAAGGCUCAAGCAGGCAACGUAUGUGUUGCUUCAUUCGACUGGACCUGCAGCGGGAUUUGCAGGUCGGUUGAGAGGAUGAGAGACGUCCACCGGCGGUGCGGAGAAGGCAAGAAUGCUUUGGGGACUGCAGCUUUCUGAUGUACGUUUCCUCUGAACUCCGGAGGAAGUGAAGUUAAAAAAACAGUAAUAUGAGCUUGAUUUUUGGCCAUUGGAGAAAACAUAUAAUGAAAAGCAGGUAUGAUUUGUGAAUGUAAUAAAAACAGAUUUAAGAGAGCAACAGAGAGUCUUGUAAUUAAAAAACCAUUCUUCAAGGAGAGAGGAGUUUUUGUAAGUGUGAAAUGAAAGGCAACUCCACAAUAAGUGCCAUUGCCAAUAUGAUUCCUUUUGAUAUGCAAAUUAGUGACUUUUUU